GAAUCCUAUGUUUCAUCUCCAAAAAAGAAAACCUAACAAAAAUACCAUACAAAAACUGUAAACAGAAACUGAAGAAAGCUAGCCCAGUGUUUUAAGAACAGCCCAUCAAAUGGUUUCCGAUCCAAAUAUAUGAUAUUGUAUGCUUGCAUUGCAAAAGGACCCACGAUUCUUGCGGAAUUCUCUCGCAAAGAACCGGGAAUCGAAUCGUUAGCCCAGAAAUGCAUCGAGAAAACCCCUCCUUUCCAUUCAGUCUUCUCUCAUACAGCUUCUAAAAAAUCCCACACCUUCGUAAUCGACGACCCUUUUGUUUAUCUCAUCAUAUCCCACGAGGAUCUUGUCAAAUCCGAGUCUUUUUGGUUCUUGAAUCGCUUGAAAAUUGCUUUCGAGGAUUUUCUCCUCACUGGUCCGAUUCUGUGUACCGAUGAUUUGACCCCGAAUUGUAUCCAGUCCCAUUUCAAUCCAAUUUUUUCAGAGUUAAUGGCUUUAGACGUGGAGUUAAUUGGGUAUCCAGCAAAAGACAGUCGGAACCCAAGUAUGGAUUCUGACAGAGGGAAAGGAACCAUGGUAAUUCCACUGCUGGGGCAGCCGAUUAAGGGGUUAAAAAAGAAGAAAAGGUCCGGUGGUUUGGAAGUCAGCGGCGGUGAGGGCAAAGAUGGGGGUGGUGGUGGGAUUGGGAUGGAUAACAUGGUUGAUGUGAGUGAUGAAUUUAGAGAUUUCUCAGUUUCCAUGCAAAAGAGUGGUCCUUUGGGUAAUGGCGGGGAAAGGCAAAAGGCUAAGCAAACCUGGAGGAAACAUGUCUGGGUGGUUCUGAUACUGGAUUUGCUAAUUUGUGCUACUUUAUUUGGGAUUUGGUUAUGGGUUUGCUGAGGCUUUCAAUGUAUUGAUUCUUGAAAGUUUUCCUUCUUUUUUUCUGGCUUCAUUCAAGUCUUUUUGUUGUUGAUUUUCAGAACAAAGUCUUGUUUUCCCUUCUCUUUUUUCAGUUAUUGGUUUGCAAAAUUACAUGUAAUUGCACCAAAAACUGUUUAUACCUACACAUAAAAAGCAUCCCCUGCUGCCA